UCCUCCCCUUCUUCCUCACCCACCACUCCAUCACUCCUCCUCGUCUCAUCACCCUCCUCAACCCCAUUCACCAUGUCACAGCCACAGGAAGUCGGCGAGCCCAUCGUGAACGUCGAAAAGAUCGUCACCGUCCUACCCGACGGCCGCAAGGUCACUAAGACUAUCAAGAAAAUCACGCACUCGUACCAGGUUCAGGUCCCUGCAGGAACACCCGUGCCUGAGGGCGCCACCUUGGUUUCUACCACCACUGCAGAGGUGCCCGUUGUUGACAACACAGUGACCUACCACCAUUCUUCUUCCUCCUCGGGCUACGACUCCUCCGAUAACGAUCCCAACGCCAUCAAGCCCCAGGACUACCAGCAGUUCAAUGAUUUCAAUGACACACUGAACCAGAACGGCGGCAAUGUCAUCAAGUCCGAGCCCACGGUUGUUGUGCAGUCGGUCGUGGAUGAGGAUGGUCGCAAGGUCACAAAGACUACCACCACCACGACCUCGUCCUCCAGCUCGUCCUCGCCUUUUUCAAAGUUCUUUAAACGUGUAAGUCAACGAAUCAGAGAACCCCCUAGAAUUUACGCGCCGUAGAGACAUUUCAAUCGGCCCAGGGCGCGUUUCUCGAGGAUGAAAGGUUUGGGAUAGGAUAACGGCGGAAAGAGGAAGGGGAAGGGAGCAGAGUGAACGAGGGGGAAAAAGAGAAAAGUCCCGUCCGAUAUGCUUACAACCCCAUUCCUUCGGAUCUUAUACUCUACAG